AUGGUCGAUACAACUGCCGGAAUUGCAGAACAGCCGCUGCAGACAGCUGUUGGAAUUGCAGAACAGCCGCUACAUGGUCCUCUACUCAGGCAGAUCAACUUGAACCAAGGCCCAAACCUUGGACCCCGUAGCAAGGAGAGGAGGACGUACGAGCAUGCCAGCGAGCAGUUCGAGAGAUUCCAGGCUGGUCGGGCAGGGAUAAACUGGCAGGGCAGAGAUCGAGAUCGUGCUGAUGAGACGCGAGAUCGUGCUGACGAGACGCGAGAUCGUGCUGACGAGACGUGGACAUCUGCAAGUCGUACCCUGAGCAGGUCAACGAUCAGUUCGAGGUUAGGUCCAAGGACCAAUGUACGCGAGAGGCUAGGCCCACGGUCCAAUGUCCACGCCCGCUUGGGCCCACAAGGAAGUAUUCAGUCAAGGCUAGGUUCACAAGGAGCUCGCGUUCGUGAACAACUGCAUGACGAGUGCAAUGAUCGACGCUCACCAGCCCGCUCGAGGACCAACACACGGCGACAAGCCACAGAGGAAUCCUCACAAGCUCAAACUCCUAAUCAGCCCCACGGGCAGAGCAACCAAGGGGAUCGACCCUUGGCAGCAGAGGAGGAAGUUAACCAGCGGCGCUCGAGGCACCAAAGACGAAGCACGGAGGAGGCCCUGCGCAAGGAAAUUGAUCUAGUCGACUGCUCGCCCUUUACCGAGGAAGUGGAACGAGCUCCACCGCCAAAGCGGUUCACAACGCCAUCCAUCACUCCGUUCAAGGGAGACUCUGACCUUGAGAGCCAUUUGAGGCACUUCAAGAGCGCCAUGAUCCUGUACAAG